AUGACGAUAAACGGCAGUACCACAGGUGAAAUGGCUAAACGCGCGAUUCGCAUCGGUGGAGCAUCUGGCGGCUUCACCGACCGCGUGCGCGCAAUAUCACGCCUGGCCUCCGACCCCUCCAUCGACGCCAUCGUGGGAGACUGGCUCUCGGAGAACGUCAUGACCGGCUACGGCGCCGGCAAAGAGGCGCGUCGCAAGCUUGAGAAAGAACGAGGUUAUCCGUUUACCUUUGACGAGAAACGCCAGGAUGCGCAUUUUGCGUCUACGUUUCUGCAGUGUUUCGAGCCUGCGAUUGGGAUGUUGAGAAAGAAUGGAGCGAAACUGGUGGUCAAUGCGGGGGCGAAUGACACGGAGGUGCUUGCUGAGGUGGUGAGGAGGUUGUGCUUGGAGAGGGAGGGGUGGCAGGCGAGGGUGGCAUGGGUCGAGGGGGAUGAGGUUACGGAUCGGUUUCGGGAUCUGGCUGCCCAGGGCCAUGUUUUCAAGAAUCUGUGCGACGGUCGCACGUUGAAGGAAUGGGGAUAUGAGCCGCUCUGUGCGCAGGCAUACUUGGGUAGUUUGGGUAUCAGCGAAGCGUUAAAGCAGGGCGCGGAUAUCGUCAUCUGCGGGAGAGUCAGCGAUGCGGCGCCGACCAUCGGCUUGAGCGCUUGGUGGCAUAGCUGGAAGAGCGAUGACUGGAAUCAGCUAGCGGGUGCGUUGAUUGCGGGGCAUCUUAUUGAGUGCAGUGCCUUCAUCACCGGCGGGUACUACAGCGGAUUCAAGGACUUGAUGAAGUCAAAGAAACAUCUGAAUCUGGGGUUCCCCAUUGCCGAAGUCGAAGCCUCAGGGCAGUGCGUCAUAGCGAAGGAGCCUAACACAGGCGGCAUCGUAAACACCGAGACCGUGACCUCCCAACUCGUCUACGAAAUAUCCGGCCCUCUGUACCUCAACUCCGAUGUCGUGGCCAUCCUGGAAAACGUGUCCCUCGCGCAGCUCGGCACCGACCGCGUACGUGUCUCGGGCAUCACGGGACUUCCUCCUCCAGCUACGACUCGCGUCGGCGUCACCGCGCACGGCGGCUAUCAAGCUGAGUGGCAUUUCUACCUUGUGGGACUAGACAUGCAGGAGAAGGUGCGGUGGAUGGAGGAACAGGCACGGCAUGCGAUUGGUGAAGAGAUCAUAGGGGAGGGCGUGGGUGUAGGAACGCAAGACGGGAAUACUGCCGACUUGCGAAUCUUCGCACAGGGUCCUAGGAAGGAGUUGUUCGACGGGGGUGAUCCCGAUGGGUUCGCGAGGAAGCUGUAUGAGACGGUGCUGCAGAGCUGUCCAGGCGUGAGCAGACCGAACGACUUACGACAAUCAGCCCCGAAGCCAUACUGGGAGUAUUUCCCGACACUCAUCCCGCAAUCUGUCUGCAAGCAUCAAGUACACCUGCUCUUCACACCAUCGACGCCAGACAUACAAAUGCCGAUACCCAUAGCACUGCCGUUAGAUACUGCAGAUUACGGACCACAGCGCUCAUACAACUCAGAGAAUCCCGCUCCACUGGACAGUUUCGGACCUACCACACUCGCUCCGCUGGGCUACGUUACCCUCUCCCGAAGCGGCGACAAAGCAAGCGAUGCAAACAUCGGGCUGUUCGUCCGAAGAGACGACGAGUGGGAGUGGCUGCGCUCAUUUCUUACCGUUGAAACGUUUAGAGAACUGCUGGGAAAGGACUGGCGCGGCGGGAGAAUUGAUCGCUUUGAAAUGGAGAACCUGAGGGUUGUGCAUUUUCUGAUCAAGAACCAUCUCGAUCGCGGGUACAACAGUGGGAGUGGCAUUGAUACGCUGGCGAAGAAUCUGGGGGAGUGGAUCAGGUGUAGGAGGGUGCAGGUGCCGGACCGGUUUCUGGAACGUGGGAGGAUCUAG